CCUCCCUCCUCAGCGACGGGGGUUGGUUGAGUCGGCGCGCUGGAAAAGGAACAACAGACUGACAGACAGCAGCGCGUCGAGGGAAAGAUGGAGCAGCCCACUCUCGCCGUGGACUUCAAUUUCUUGUUAGCUACCGACUCCUACAAGGUCACACAUUACAAACAGUAUCCACCCAACACCAGCAAGGUGUACUCUUACUUUGAGUGCCGCGAGACGAAGACCGAACCUACCAAGCUCAGAAAAGUCAAAUACGACAAAACGGUCUUCUAUGGGCUUCAGUACAUUCUCCAAAGAUAUUUAAAAGGACAGGUCGUCACAAAAGAGAAGAUUCAGGAAGCAAAAGAGGUGUACAGGGAACACUUCCAGGAUGACGUGUUCAAUGAAAAAGGAUGGAAUUACAUUUUGGAGAAAUACAAUGGUCACCUGCCCAUCGAGAUCAAGGCUGUGCCGGAGGGAAGCGUUAUCCCGCGUGGGAAUGUGCUGUUCACCGUAGAAAACACAGAUCCGGAGUGCUACUGGCUCACUAACUGGGUAGAGACUAUCCUGGUUCAGUCCUGGUACCCCAUCACCGUCGCGACAAACUCAAGAGAGCAGAAGAAGAUCCUGGCCAAAUAUCUCAUGGAGACGUCAGGAAGCCUGGAAGGACUGGAAUAUAAACUGCACGACUUCGGCUACAGAGGGGUUUCAUCACAAGAGACGGCUGGUAUCGGUGCAUCUGCACACUUGGUAAACUUCAAAGGAACAGACACCGUGGCCGGGAUCUGUGUAAUCAAGAAGUACUACGGCACCAAAGACCCGGUUCCUGGUUUCUCAGUACCAGCUGCAGAACACAGCACAAUCACUGCCUGGGGAAAGGACCAUGAGAAGGAUGCUUUUGAACACAUCAUCAAGCAGUUCCCGUCUGUCCCCGUGUCUAUCGUCAGCGACAGCUACGACAUCUACAACGCCUGCGAGAAGAUCUGGGGUGAGGACCUGAGGGGUCUGAUCGAGAUGAGGAGCGCAGACGCCCCGCUGGUGGUCCGACCGGAUUCGGGAAACCCUCUAGACACAGUGCUAAAGGUCCUAGAAAUUUUAGGAAGGAAAUUUCAUCCAGUUGAGAACUCUAAAGGCUAUAAGGUGCUUCCACCCUACAUCCGAGUCAUUCAGGGUGACGGUGUGGACAUCAAUACUUUACAGGAGAUUGUGGAGGGCAUGAAAAAGCACAGAUGGAGCAUUGAGAACAUCUCGUUUGGCUCAGGAGGAGCUUUGCUGCAGAAAGUGACUCGAGAUCUGCUCAACUGCUCUUUUAAGUGCAGUUAUGUGGUGACGAACGGACUGGGCGUAAACGUCUUCAAAGACCCUGUUGCAGACCACAACAAGAGGUCAAAGAAAGGUCGCCUUUCUCUUCACAGGACGCCUAGUGGAAAUUUCGUUACUCUGGAAGAGGGCAAGGGUGAUCUGGAGGAAUACGGAGAGGACUUGCUGCACACUGUGUUCAGGAACGGGAAGAUUGUGAAGAAAUACACCUUCGAUGAGGUCAGAGACAAUGCCAAGCUGAAGGAGAGCGAAUUGGAGGAACUGCUGCUCUGAGCGUGUUUCCCAUCAGCCCUCUCUCUGCCCACACCCACCGAGAGACGUGAGGACACACAGUUACCCCGACGUUCAGUGUGCAGAGCUGUUCUAUGUUUCUGUCUACGCUUCAGUGUCUCUUUCUAACGGCAGAUGAGAGCAGUUAUCAUGCUAUUUAAAUCAUUUAACUGUCUAUUUGACCAAGUGUGCUACUGAUCACACGUCUUUGCAGGAAUGGAGACGUUUAUGUGUGCGUAUAACGCGAGAAGAUUUCGCUUAGCUUGACUGUAGGACUGAAUGGUAAUCGUUCUGUGUUUGUUGAAUGUGAAUGUUGUGUGUAGGGUUUAUCACUUUAUUAUAAAGGAUUGAUUUAUUCCUUUAUGCAAAGGAGACGGCUGAACUAGAGGGAUACUUUCGUUGGCCUUGUGUUUAUUUUAUGUUAUUUCUGGUUUUAGUUGAAUAAUGAAACCUAAGAGGGCAUGUUUAGGUCAGAUUUCCACCUAAAAUCAAGAGGACGAAAAAGAGAAACUUCAUUUUGCAUAAAGAAAUUAGCAUUUUUGCAUUAUUUUCAUGAUAUUUAAGGACAUCUUACCACCAAUACCCAUUACUCUAUUGUGUGCCGAUAUUUUUAUUUUAUUUUUACAGUAAUUUCAGACAUUUUCAAUGGUAAUUUUCAUUAAUUGUUCUCUGGAAAUAUUAAAUUGUUACUGUAAAUUGUUUAAUUUCCAUAAGUAAAAAAAAAAUCUAAAUCAGCAUAAAUUAAAGGCUGUACAGCAAACAUACUGUGUAACUAAUGAAAUAAAUAAUAAUAAUAAUUAUAUAUAUAUAUAUAUAUAUAUAUAUAUAUAUAUAUAUAUAUAUAUAUAUAUAUAUAUAUAUCAUGCCAUUGCAUUAUAGUAGUAAUGGGAAUUUAUGGGCUUAAUUUAAAAGUAGGUUUUGUUUCCUUUAUGCAAAAUAUAAUUUCAUAUUUCUUUGGAUUUUUGGGGUGAAAUAUGAUUUGGACGUGUUCUUGACAGGAUUCAUCCAAAUAUAAUAUACUCUUUCAGGUCUGCGGAGAACAUUAUCCAGAUUUGCCCAACAUGUUAAAUGCUACAUCAAUGUAAACCUGACAGAUUUAAGUCAACCAAAAAAAAAAAAAAAAAAAACUUUUUUUUUUUUUUUUUUUUUUUUUUUUUAUUACUCACUACAGCUCUUUAUUUGAAAACACCAGUUUUAAUAAACAGUGGGGAUCAUUUUAAAAGAGUUUAGUUUUACUGUUUUCUAUACCUAGAGUUCCAAACUCCACAUUAAUAAUUUUUUAUGACAUACGUAAAUAGCGCCAGUUACCGUAGUAAAUAUCCACAGUCAGAAUAAUGUGGCCAAACUGCCUUCUCUCUCGUAUAUAUCGGCGUAGGUGUUUGUUUUGAGAGCUGGCUUCUUAUUUGUGCAAGUAGAGAUCUGUUUUUAUUUUUGUCUAAUGUCUAUUUUGUACCAACAGAAAAUUCAUGUAUCCGUUACGUUCUGUGGAAGACUGAUGUUGCUCACACAGUUUCUGGCAUGUGUGUGUGUGUGUGUGUGUGUGUGUGUGUGUGUACAUGUUUGAUUGACAACACUUAUAAUUUCAAUGAUGUUUUUUAUGUAUAUGUUGGGUCUCAUUUUUCUUUCAACCUCUUGGGAUAUUUUAAAACUAAGAUGACUGAUGCCAUUUUGACAGGAUAUUGAAACAACGACAACAGUGUAUCCUGAAAUUUUGCUGAAAUGUUGUUAUUAUUUCUUUUCCUUUUUUAUGGAAUAGCGGAAAAGAUGAAACCAUUCCCUUUUAUAGCUGCUGUAAGGACAGUAAACAGUUUCUCAAUGCACUAGCCUUCAAACUAGUAAUGAAUCACUUCAUUUUGAUGACGAAUUUAAAACUGUGUAAAGGAAAAUUCGUGUUAAAGUUUCAAUAAAAAGCAAUAUCAUACGGA